AGUUGACUUAGAACAACCAAAAACUCAUCUACAAUUUUUAAUAUUUAUAUCUAUAUAAACAUUCUUCUUUCAUCUUCCUCAGCUCUUUUAUUUUUCAGUUCCAGGUGAAUCAUCAAAUUUAUUAAUUAAAUUAUCUCUUAAUUAAGAAAUAAUAAUGGAUUGUUCAAUCUGCACAACUAUGCCUUUCAUUCUAAGGCCGCCGAGGAAUACGAUCUGUGCCGCUUGCUAUGAAGGUGCAAGAAACUUAAUCUCCUUGGUUAAUAAGUUCGACGGCGAUAAUAAUAAUAAUAACAAUACUAAAUUUGGUGAUAAAUCAGGGGGCAACAAUGUCAUUUCAUCUUCUAAUUCAUCGUCUUGUAAGGGUUUAGCCAAUGUAGUUAAAUGGGUGAAGGAAAUGAAGGACAUCGAAGAGGAAGUAAGUGAUAAAAUGAGCUUUCUAGCUGAGUUUGAAGUUGCUUUCAAAGAUGAAAUUCAUACUGAUAUCCUUGUAAAGCCUGGCAAUAAUGGACCUCCUAUUCCUGCUCACAGAGCAUUAUUGGCAGCAAAGUCAGAAAUAUUCAAAAACAUGUUAGACUCAGAUGAUUGCAAAGAAGCACCAAAGGAAGCCAUAACUCUACAUGAACUCAACCAUGAUGAACUAGAAUCCCUCCUUAAGUUCCUCUAUUGUGGGAACUUGCCUAUCGAAAACGUCGAAAAACACUUGUAUUCACUAUCAUUAGCAGCUGAUAAAUAUGAGAUACACUUCCUACAGAAAUUCUGCGACCGACAAAUGCUGACUUCUCUUAGUUCAUCCAAUGCCUUAGACAUCCUAGAGAUUUCGGAUGUUUGCUCUAACAUAACAUUGAAAGACACUGCCUUGAAUUUUAUUGUAAGAAACAUGGAGGAUAUAGUGUUUUCCUCUAAGUUUGAGGUCUUUGCUUUGAAGAAUCCACAUUUGAGUGUACAAAUUACUAGGGCUUCCUUGUUGGAUAUCAAAAAUAGGAGAAAUGCAAUGUAACUCAGAAAGAAAGAGUGUGUUCCUCGGGAAUAAGGUUUACCCUCUCACAUAAAUAAGCUCACAUGCUCAUAUACGUACAAAAUAUGUGAGUAACAUGUUUAUAUUUCCUUCCUCAAAUAAUUAUCAUCAUUAUAUCACCUUAUCCAUCUAAUACGGAGUAGCAAAUGGCAAAUGUCACUGUCAGAAUGAGCCACAAGGACAAUUUCAAUUACAAAUGAAGAAUGAUGGAUUCGAAAGUUGUAAGGAUGAUUUUGAAUUUAUGAUAUAUUGUAUACUUAUACAUGUCAUAAGUUUUAAUUAACCACUAGGUCAAGACAUUAUUGGUAAUGAUACAGUGGAUGAAAUCUCUUAAA